GAGACGCAGGACGCACCGAACUGGAGCGCGCUCCGAACCACUUGCACUGAUAUUGCAAACCUUCAAAUCCGCUCAAGAACCCGAGGAAAGUCGUCAGGGAGAUGCUGUUUUUCCUCUGAAGCACAGGUCGCUUCUGCGCCGGCUGGAUGAUGCGCCGCUGGGUUGGAUAAAGGAGCCUUUUGCGCGCGUGGAAAAUUAUGUAAGGUUUUCGGGGCCGACAGUGAGCGCAGCUUCACCCUCCACCAUGAAGUCAGUGCUGGACGGCGUGGCAGACACCACCUUCCGGACUAUCACCUCGGGUCUGCAGUACCUGGGCUCCAACGACGCCAACUACGACGACCCCGUGGGCGACAUGAACUUCAAGGGCCACGUCUCCCUGCAGAAGCCUCUGUCGGCGUUUCGCAGCGACUCCUUCCCGGACAAGCUCCCGCCGGACGAGGAGCUCAUCCUCAAAGGCUUCCCCUUCUUCUUCCCCACCAACGCCACCGACGUGUUCGGCAACAGGACCACGCUCCGGGACGACGGCGGCGGCGGCGGCGGCGGCAACAUCCAAUGCGGGGAGAACUUCAUGGACAUGGAGUGUUUCAUGAUCCUGACUCCCAGCCAGCAGCUGGCGGUGGCUGUGAUGUCCCUGACCCUGGGGACCUUCACGGUGCUGGAGAACCUUGUGGUGCUGUGCGUCAUCCUGCAGUCCCGCACCCUCCGCUGCCGGCCGUCCUACCACUUCAUCGGGAGCCUGGCGGUGGCCGACCUGCUGGGCAGCGUCAUCUUCGUUUACAGCUUCUUGGACUUCCACGUCUUCCACAGGAAGGACAGUCCCAACGUGUUCCUCUUCAAGCUCGGCGGCGUGACGGCGUCCUUCACCGCCUCGGUGGGAAGCCUUUUCCUCACGGCCAUCGACCGCUACAUCUCCAUCCACCGGCCGCUGGCCUACAGGCGCAUCGUGACCCGGACCAAAGCGGUCAUCGCCUUCUGCAUGAUGUGGACCAUCUCCAUCGUCAUCGCCGUGCUACCUCUGCUGGGCUGGAACUGCAAGCGCCUCAACUCCGUUUGCUCGGACAUUUUCCCUCUGAUCGACGAGAACUACCUGCUGUUCUGGAUCGGAGUGACCAGCGUCCUGGUCAUCUUCAUCAUCUACGCCUACAUCUACAUCCUGUGGAAGGCGCACCACCACGCCGUGAGGAUGCUGAGCCGCACCUCCCAGAAGAGCCUGGUGGUCUACUCGGCGGACGGGACUAAGGUGCAGACCACUCGCCCGGAGCAGGCGCGCAUGGACAUCCGUCUGGCCAAGACCCUGGUUCUGAUCCUGGUGGUGCUGGUCAUCUGCUGGGGCCCGGUCCUGGCCAUCAUGGUCUACGACCUCUUCUGGAAGAUGGACGACGACAUCAAGACGGUCUUUGCGUUCUGCAGCAUGCUGUGCCUGCUCAACUCCACCGUCAACCCCAUCAUCUACGCCCUGAGGAGCAAGGACCUGCGGCACGCCUUCCUCAGCUCCUGCCACGCCUGCCGCGGCGCCGGCCAGCAGCUGGACAACAGCCUGGAGUCCGACUGCCAGAACCGGAACAUCUCCGCCAACAGGGCCGCCGAGAGCUGCGUGAAGACCACUGUGAAAAUAGCCAAAGUCACCAUGUCCGUGUCGACGGAGACGUCCGCCGAGGCCGUGUGAGGACCUGCUGCGCUCCACCCCGACAGCUGGGCCCCAAACAUCACAGUCUCGUGGUCCUGGGCCGAAGUGCAGCUAACAGUAGCGUCCACGUCACGUGCUCCUUGCGAAACAGGACCUCCUGUCUGGUUUAGGUGCUUAAAACAAGAAGUGCAUUGGAUUUUUUUUUUCGGUUUCUGCAUCUUGUUCAACACAUUUUCCAAGAUUAGUAACGCAAAAAAAAAAAAAAAAAAAAUCCGGGUCACGACAGCAAGAUUUAUUUUGAAAGGAAGCGGCUCCACGCUGAAGCUCCAGAACACAACCGAGGCACCUGCUAUCUCACCCCCCCCCUCCAUCCCGAGAGUGCGCCAAAGUGCCAAACGGUGUCGCGAGAACAGACUCUGAAAGACUGACCAUAAGUCUGCAUAUUAUAUUUUUGUACUGUAAUUCAGGUUUUGAGGACAAUGUAUCUUCAUUUAUGGGAUAAAGGGGCUACUGACGUUUUUAACUCCACCUGUUUGAGUUCACAUCUUGCACAGGAAGCACACGAUCCUCGUGCCUUGACUCUCGCAGGCUUGUGUGUGCUCGCUAAGAUUGUUGAUCUCCACGUAUGCCGUUAAACCUUUUGUACCUGAGGCGAUUCACGCCCAUGAAAACAAAAAAAAAGCGGGUCUGUCAACGGGUUCCAAAUUGAAUCGCACUACAGCUGACUUAACUCGCAAUUAAUCGCAUGUUAAACUUGAUAAACAUGACAUUUAGCACGAAUGAUUAAUCGCGACUAAAUGACAUUCAAAUCUUUAAUCUAGUUUCAUCGAACUAAAGCUGAUUUAACUCGCGAUUAAUCGCAAACAUUCGCAACAUUUAAUGGGAACUAAUGAAUAAACUGCUUUGCUAUUAAAUGACAUUCAAAUCCUCGAUUGACAGACCCCCCCAAAAAAAACCUAAAAAAUGAAAAUAAAAAAAAAGUGAGGUUGAUGUGUGACCGCUCUCCACGUGGCUGGAGAUCCUUGUUUCUCUGCGCUCUCGCUGUUUGACCUCCAACGUAGUAACGUGUCCUUGUGUAACGCUGACAACUGUACAGUCGCAGGCGUAGAACCGGCGCCGCGCAGCCACGAACACGAGCAGCGUGCGGGUCACGGCUGCCAGAAGACGCUUCAUCUUGUGUGUGUGAUACUUGUGAUAUUUGAUGGUAUAUUUCCACUCCACAUCAUCGCAGUGAGGUGUUUUAGUCCUGCGGCAGGAGACAAGGAAACCAGGCGGGCGGCGGACUUCUGAAAACUGCGCCAUGAGUGGGAUGUGUUUUGGAUGAAACCUGACGGCGACUAUCGCUCCGCAGACUCUUCCUCUUUCACGAGACAAAGUGCAGCUCUCCAGCGGGGAUCAGGUCCGACUCGCUUGUGUUCACGUCUCGGACUUGUGAGGCGAAAGAGCCUUGUCUCGAGACAGAACCCCCAGUGUGAAAGCGCCCUUGAUCCUGGCUGUUUAUCAGUGCUCUUUGCUGCCUCCUGUGAUAUUGAAGAUCCAAACGUCAUCUGUCCAGUGGCUUCUGUACUGUGGUGGCAUCAUGAGGAACUCAAAGAUCACAGUCAAGUGUUUUUAAUAUCGCUGUUUGAAAACAAAAAUAUUUCAAUAAAGUCGCAGC